ACGUGGAUUGACGUCGUAUUGUUUCCCUCAUUCUCUUCCAGCAUCGGCUAAAUCACGACAUUUUAAAUAAGAAUAUGAUCGGUUUUGAGUAACGGUCGAGUCAAAUUUUGAUGGCGUAGUAGUGCUAUGACUCUGUAAAAGAAGAAAAUAGAAAAAGAGAUAUGACUAAGGGGACAGCCUCACGUAUAGCCUCACGUACAAGCUCACGUGCAGAGAGAGACAUGAAGAUGAAUGCCCGGAGGAAGCUUCCGGUCCCGAACCAAUCAGAAGAUCAGAUGAGAGAGGGGGUGUGUGGUUACUCAAAAGGGGGUGUAUUCGUUUGCAAGCUGGACCCUGCAAAUCAGAACGGAACGCUCGCCAUCACGUGCUCUACGCCUACGCGCACGCGCGCGCAAAAUCUCAAAGAUCCUCGAACCUGCGAACUUGAGGUCGACCACCAGCUAGCUGUUCCGCAGAGGUGGCUCGCAGGGCGCGGAUCUGACACCGCCCCACCGCAGACGCCUAGAUGCGCUGCGGUGGCCUCAAAAGCCCCAGCUGGACCCCAUUCUGCUCCACCUUCCCACCCCUGGGAGUCACCCAAAUGUGAUCACGCUUCAACACCCCUUUCUUUUCGUCCGGACUCGGCUGUCCAACAUACGUGCACAAACUCUCCCUUCCAACGCUCCAACCCCGAUGACGCGUACUCACAAGAGUUUGUUAGGGUACCGGAAUUCGUCCGUAGCAUGGGCGGGACGCUUUGGCCGCGCGCGCUUCGGAACGGUGUCUGAGGCACACUGAGUGACCGGCACUGUGGUAGCUUGUGGAUGGGGCCUGAUG